CAUCCUGAACCUUUAAGUUCUAGACUUACUCCACCAGCAAUGGCUCCCCAGAACGUGUUCUCGAUGUUCCGUCAGUCUCAGGUGCAAGAGUUCAAGGAAGCCUUCACCCUCAUCGACGUCAACAGAGACGGCGUCAUCGAAAUAGACGACCUGAAGAGCAUCUACGGCAACCUGGGCAAAGUGCCCGCCGACUCCGAGCUGAAGGAGAUGCUGAAGGAGGCCAAGGGGCCCCUGAACUUCACCACCUUCCUCAACCUGUUCGGGGAGAAGAUGGGAGGGACGGACGGCGAGGAGACCAUCCGUAGCGCCUUCGCCAUGUUUGACGAGGAGGGCAAGGGCGUGCUGCCCGAGGAGUACAUCAAGGAUCUCCUGGAGAACAUGGGAGAUAACUUCACGAAGGAGGAGAUCAAACAGACGUGGAAGGAGGCCCCUAUUUCCAAGGGCAUGUUCAACUACGUGGCUUUCACCGCCAAGGUCAAGGGCAAACAGGAUGAAGAGGAAAUGGCCAAGGCUUAAACGACUGAAGAAUUCUCAAAUGCAGGACAUUACUUGAUAUAUGUUUUAUUUAUUUAUGACUGAUUGUCUCCGGACAUCGCCCUGGGCAUCACUGUGAUAGAAUGACUUGUGCCAACUUCUACAAGAGACGUGUCUGACACUGAGUGUGGUUGUAUUUGUUCUGUCCUGUAUGUAGAUAGCUGACUUUCAUAUAAGUGUCAAACAACUUCACGAGUGGCUGCAACCUCUGUUGAACUACAAUCACGCCUUGUUGUCAUCUACCGUAUUCUUCCACGAAGACUAAUGCUACACCUUUGAUGUAACAGCGAUGUUACAUGAGUUAACAGCACCUUGUAAUUUGAACUGUGACUGUUUCAACUGAGUGGCAGACAAACCAUUUCUGGAGGUCUAUCAUAAAUCUGUUAUUCUCCUAUCUGCUCUGAUGACUGUGUGUUACCGAGUAUAUCAGGAAUAUAUGAAAAUGCCGUACAGAUAGGCUGUUUAUGUUGUGUGUGGUGCGGUUCUUAGUUUAGUUCAAUAAAUGUUGUAACAUCAUCUUGUGUGAUACUGUUUCAUGUCUUAAACAACUUUCCGGCUGCAACCUCUGUUGAACUACAAUCGCGCAGCGUUUACAUCAAUCGUAUUCUGCCACCAAAAAUAUUAACACAUUGGAUGUUAUAAGCUUACACCACCUUGUGAUUUGAACUGUGACUACAUUUUGACUAAUUCGCGAACGAACAAGUGAGAAACUUUUCCUGCCAUGUGUUGUAUUUAUAACUCUGAUUGUCUUCGGACAUCGCCCUGGGAAUCCUGUUACAGAGAGUGACUUGUCAUGACACCGUCUUCAACAGACACGGCGAACGUAUUUAUAGUAAACUAUUAACGGAUGUGAUUCAUCAGAUGCCCCUGGGCCUUCAGUGGACCUUGGACACACCAUGUUGUAAUGUAAUAUCCUUAUCCUGACUGAGUGUCUGUCAAUGUUUUCCGAAUGUAUUGAAAAUGUAUAAUAUUGCUGUGCAGGUAGAUUAUUUAGGUAGUAGAACGUAGCA